AUACUUAUUCUGCAACACCAGAUCCCCCACACCCCAGUAGAGUGGCAUCUUCUCCCUCUAACAGUUGAAAUCAAACCCUGUUUUUGGUUUCAGCUGACAAAAACAAAGGUUUCUAGAUUCACGAUGCAACCCAAAUCGCUUCUUCUUCUUCUCUCUCUUCAAUUAUUCAUCUGCUUCGCACUCGCUCAAUCUACCACCGGGUCCGCUGAAGGUUACACCAUUUAUGGUCGAGUGAAGAUCCCCAGCAAUUUAGGAACAAAAGACUAUAUAAUUCCUGGAAAAGUGUCGAAUGUCAAAGUCAUACUCAAUGGUGGUCAGAGAGUUACUUUUUUGAGGCCUGAUGGAUAUUUCUCAUUCCACAACGUCCCUGCAGGGACUCAUCUAAUUGAAGUGGCUGCACUGGGCUAUUUCUUCUCUCCGGUACGAGUUGAUGUCAGCGCCAGAAACCCUGGCAAAAUACAGGCAGCAUUGACGGAAAGUAGGAGGGGGCUCACUGAGUUUGUGUUAGAGCCAUUGAAGGAGGAACAAUAUUAUGAGAUUAGGGAACCAUUCUCUAUUAUGUCCAUUGUGAAAAGUCCAAUGGGUCUGAUGGUGGGAUUUAUGCUCAUUGUUGUCUUCCUCAUGCCCAAAUUAAUGGAGAACAUGGGUAUGCCUCUUAAGUUUCUCUGUGAACUUUUUUCAUUUCCGUGGUGGUUUAUCUGUUUUGCAUUUCCUUGGUUGUUUAUCUUUUUUUUCGAAUUAUCGUUGUUUAUCUCUGCCAAAUGGUAGUUGUUUCUCAGUGUAUAGACUAUAAAGCAGCAUAUUAGUAUAUUACCCUACACUUUGCAUAAUUUAUGCUGAUGGCUCCAUUAUGAUGUGAUGGGAACAGAUCCGAAGAAAUGAGACGUGCACAAGAAGAAAUGAGAAAUCAAGGAGUUCCAUCUUUGGCAAGCAUGUUACCUGGUGCUGCAAGAAGCAAUUAGGUGUAUGAGCAAUAAGGAACAAGUGAGCAAGGUGAUUGAACUGAACAGGAGCUCAAGAUUUGUGGCAUACUAUGAUUGCCAAAGUUUGUUAUGGAUGCUAAGAAAAAUAUCUUUGGUAUUUAUAUUCUGGAAUAGUUGAAUUUGGAAAUUCCUGAUAAGAUGUUAGAAAGUUUGAUUUAAUUUAAACACUCAGUGUAGGACAUCGAUUAUAAUGCUCACCUUACAAACAUGCACUCAUAUGGAUAGGAACUUUUUGGUUUGAAAGUAGAAACUUGUAUAAUAUUCUUCUAGUCAUUCUUUCGCUCGAGAAAAGAAUUGAAUUGUGAUCUCUUUUUGCUGCAUAGUGGAUGAGUGGAGUUGGUUGUC